CUCGCUCACGCCUUCUCGUGUGCUGUCCCUCGUGUCUGGCCGCCAGCAUGGCGCACUACAACUUCAAAAAGAUCACUGUGGUGCCCUCCGCCAAGGACUUUAUUGAUCUGACAUUAUCGAAGACUCAACGAAAGACUCCAACAGUUAUUCAUAAACAUUACCAAAUUCAUCGCAUUAGGCAUUUUUACAUGAGAAAAGUUAAAUUUACUCAACAGAAUUACCAUGAUAGACUUUCUCAGAUUCUGACCGAUUUCCCUAAAUUGGAUGACAUCCAUCCAUUUUAUGCUGAUCUGAUGAAUAUUCUCUAUGACAAGGAUCAUUACAAGUUGGCUCUAGGACAAAUAAAUAUUGCUAAAAAUUUAGUGGACAAUGUUGCUAAAGAUUACGUGCGGCUUAUGAAAUAUGGUGACUCUCUCUACCGCUGUAAGCAGCUUAAGCGUGCUGCCCUUGGUCGAAUGUGUACUAUUAUCAAAAGACAGAAGCAGAGUUUGGAAUAUUUGGAACAAGUGCGUCAGCAUCUGUCCCGUCUACCAACUAUUGAUCCGAAUACGAGGACCCUGCUUCUGUGUGGCUACCCAAAUGUUGGCAAGUCCAGCUUCAUCAAUAAGGUGACAAGAGCAGAUGUGGAUGUGCAGCCAUAUGCAUUUACAACCAAGUCUCUGUUUGUUGGGCACAUGGAUUAUAAGUAUCUGCGCUGGCAGGUUGUAGAUACUCCUGGGAUUUUGGAUCACCCUUUGGAGGAUCGGAAUACUAUUGAAAUGCAGGCCAUCACGGCCUUGGCCCACCUGCGCUCCACCAUUCUCUAUGUGAUGGACCUGUCUGAGCAGUGUGGGCACGGCUUGAAGGAGCAAAUGGAGCUCUUCCAAAACAUCAGGCCACUCUUUAUCAAUAAGCCUCUGAUAGUUGUAGCAAAUAAAUGUGAUGUGAGGAGAAUAGCUGAACUUCCUGAAGAUGAUCAGAAAAUAUUUACAGAUUUGCAGGCAGAAGGUUUCCCUGUGGUGGAGACCAGCACCCUGACUGAGGAAGGUGUGAUGAAGGUGAAAACAGAGGCUUGCGACAGGCUUUUGGCUCAUCGAGUUGAAACCAAAAUGAAAGGUAACAAAGUGAAUGAGGUGCUGAACAGACUUCAUCUGGCUGUGCCAAACAAGCGAGAUGACAAGGAGAGGCCCCCUUUUAUACCAGAAGGAGUGGUGGCACGGAAGAAGAGAAUGGAAGUUGAAGAGCCCAAAAGAAAAAAGGAGCGAGAUAUUGAGCUGGAAAUGGGAGAUGAUUACAUUUUGGAUCUUCAAAAGUACUGGAAUAUAAUGAAUUCACAUGAAAAGUAUGAUAAGAUACCUGAGAUCUGGGAAGGACACAAUGUAGCUGAUUAUAUUGAUCCUGACAUCAUGAAGAAAUUGGAAGAGUUAGAAAAAGAGGAAGAGCUAAGAACAGCUGCUGGAGAGUAUGACAGUGAGUCUGAAAGUGAAGAUGAAGAAAUGGCAGAAAUUCGACAGCUGGCACAACAAAUCAGAGAGAAAAAGAAAUUGAAAAUUCUGCAGUCCAAAGAGAAGAAUACACAGGGACCCAGAAUGCCUCGAACUGCUAAGAAGGUUCAGCGGAAUGAUUUGGAGAAUGAGAUGCGCAGUCUGGGAGUUGACAUGGAUAACAAAGACAAUGCCCAUUAUGCUGUCCAGGCCAGACGUUCUCGCAGUGUCACUAGGAAAAGGAAGCGGGAAGAUUCUGUUGCACCUUCUUCUGUGACUCGAAGUCGCAGUUGCUCUCGAACUCCCCGAGAUGUUUCUGGUCUUCGGGAUGUCAAGAUGGUGAAGAAAGCCAAAACUAUGAUGAAGAAUGCCCAGAAGAAGAUGAAUCGUUUGGGGAAGAAAGGCGAAGCAGACAGACAUGUAUUUGAUAUGAAGCCUAAGCACUUAUUGUCUGGAAAGAGGAAGUCGGGUAAAAAGGACAGGAGAUAGUGUCCAUUGCUGUGAGUCGGUUUGGCCGGACUGUUUCUCGCUUUGGUGUGGUUUUCCAGAGCGCAGUCAUGACUGUAACUGAAAACUACGGUGACAUAAUUAAAGCAUUUGUUGCUUUGCUGAAACUGUCGUUAACCCUUCGCUCUAUAGGUAUGGGAAAUAUUUGUAACUCCAUAGUAUUACAACUAUUUUAUUACACAUAUUUUUGGGUAGAUUGUGGUUUCUGCAUUUAAUGAAUUUUUAUUAUAUCACAUUUGCAGAAGUGCAGCGAUGUAUUGGUGUGACUGUGUUUUUGAUGGAGAAAAAUUAAUUUUUUUCUGCAAGAGGGAUUAUUCACUGUAUCUGAAUAGCCUUUUGGGGGGAAAAAGAUGACUCCACUUGUGAUUGUAUGCAGGAGGCUACCAGCCUUCUCGUCAGCUUUAUUGUAUGUGAAUUUAUGGGGCUGAACUAAAUUAUUUUAUUUUUUUUGGUAUGAUGUGCCAUGGUAAUCAGUCUCCAACUAUUUUAUCCAAAAUAAACUU